AUGUGGAUCAGCAUAUUCCGUAUUCUGUUGAUGGCGGCAAUAUGUGGAUUGUGCUUCGCAGCAGUGGAACCAGGAGACAACGACUCACUUCACUGCUGCUUGAUGUGUAGCCAGAAAGCUCGUCAUUGUGCUGAAGAAUGUGGUAUCUUCCACCCACACGAAGACGGAUGCUUAGAUGAGUGUAGAUACCAGUUGACCGAAUGCGCAACUCAAGAUUGCGGGAUUUCUGAAUACCUGGAUCCGGUUAAACACCACUAUGACAACGACUGUGUACUGACGCUCGAAUAA